GAGAAUGCUCUCUUCGUGUAUAGUACCAAUCAGCGCGGCGGGAUACCAGUUUAGCCCCCCCCCCCCCCUUUUUAUCUGAAAAAAAAAAAACACCCACAGACAAUCAAAUACCACAUAUAGCUAUAUGACAUAUUUGUGAUUCAUUAUCCGGUCUGGGUCUAUGGAUUUUUUUUUACUCGUUAUUCGAAUUGGAAAUGUCUACUAUAUUAAACUGGUUCUCCACUGGUUAGAAGCGAGGACAUAAGAGUACCAGUUUAGUCCAUUCUGAAAAAAUCCGGCCGAAUCAAGUAUGCUAAUAUUUUGUUUCCGGUUUGACGAUCUAGCGUGUUGACAACAACCAACACUCAUUACUGACUCAACAGGCGCAGCUAUGCAGUAUGAGACUAUGCAGGAUGCAGGUCCAAAAGUUCCUACCGAUGAAUAGUUUCCGUGUAAAAUUCAUCUUCACAAUAAUGUCAGGACGACUGAAAUGAGGCUGAUCAUAAGAUCAUUGCAGAAUAUUUAAUGCAAAGCAAUUAUGAGAAAUUGUGUCGACGAAAGAGUUGCAUUUGAAUGUAGAACUUGUAAUAAGAGGAAGAAAACAAUGAAAAGGUGUACAAGAUGUCGACUAGUCUAUUACUGUUUUCAAUUUUGCAGCUCACGAGAAUGCCAGACCACAGACUGGCCAAUUCACAAAACUGUGUGUUCCCUCACAACAAAAAAUUCAACAAGAGAAAAGAUGGGCACAGAAAAUCCAGUGAGUGUGAAAUUCACAACAAACGAUGGUUCUAUAUAUGAACAAAAUGCAACAGCAAAAACAGUUGAAGACAGUGCCUCUAAAUAUUCACCUGUGAUAGACUUUAAGCGGUAUGAUGCUAGAGGGAAACCAACCAUCUCCGACAAAGACCGUGAAAACCACACAAUCGACAAAGACGAUGAAAACCACACAAUCAAGAGAACAUUUUACAUUGAAAAUGACCAAGUAUGCCACAAUGUGCCAGUAUUUGACAAAAGCAAAGAACACACAGAUAUAGUGGUAAAGGCCAACAGACAGAAACAGACCAUCAGCAUUCAGGAGAAUUGGGAUGGAUGCAUGAUUUAUCGCUUCCUUUCACACCGGUUACAGAUUCCUUUGGAUAGGUUAAAGGUUAUCCACAAAGGAAAGAUUGUAAAUGCAGACAGUAUGAGAGAGUGUAUACAGAGGAAGGCAGUUUUCCAGGUGUUUGGUGAAAAGGCUGAAGAUGCCAGUGGGGUUGAUAACAGGGACAUUGAUUUAAUGAUGAGGCAACUGAAUAUCAGUAGAAACGACGCCAUCGUGGCCCUGAAAAAGCAUGGGGAUGUUGUUGAUGCCAUGCUGGAUAUUGGUCAAAAGUGAUUAUCUUCAUUGUUAUGAUUCAAAGUGACACAUUCCUGUUGGUUUUAGUGAAGUCUAAAUUUUUUUUGCAAUGUUUGAUGCUUGUGUAUAGUGAUGAAGGAUUUUGUAACAGAAAUGUGUGCAUUUAGUUUUUCAUGUCAUAUGUCUGAUUGUCAGACAGUAGAAGUCAUUGCAUUUAUAUUAUUAUAUCGCGCUAUAUAUGGAGGACUUCAUUGGACUGAAUAAAAUUUUACCAGUCAUUUC